GUGAGAAUAGAAAAUUAAAUAAAUAAAAGCGAAAAUUUUUAAUGAAUAAUCGCUAUAAUUAAAAAGUGAAAGUGAUAAAAAGUGAUUUUUGUUCAAAUUUACAAACGGAUAAUUAAACAAUAAUUCAACAUGUUUUUAAAUGAUACUUUGUUGAUGUUAAUGUACACCGCGAAUAUUAUGUCUACAAUUCCCAAUGAAACAAAAUCCGAUAAUCAUCAAAUUGAAGAUCAUGUGGAUCGAAUUAAUUCAACGACUACGACUCUUUCGCCCGAAGAGCAGGAAAAUAAAUUCGAUUUCGAAGACGAAUGGUACAUGUGGAGAUGCUAUCAACCAUACGGAUGCUUCUACAUCGGAGCUCCAUGGUCUGGAGAUAAUCGUCCAGUCUCAACAUUUCCAAUGAGACCCGACAAUAUCAAUCCACGAUUUAUACUUUACAAUCGAGAGCAACCCGAUAAACCACAUUCUUUAAUUAUUGAUAAAAAGGAAACUAUACAAAAUUCGCCUCUGAAGAAAGACUCGACGAUUUUUUUUAUAAUUCACGGUUAUCUCGAUAACGGAGAUAAAACAUGGGUCAUGAGAAUGACAAGAGAAUUGUUAACCAGAGAAGAUUGUAAUGUCGUGGUUGUAAAUUGGUUGGGAGGUGCUGGACCACCAUACACACAAGCUGUGGCAAAUACAAGAUUAGUUGGCGCAAUGACUGCACGAUUAGCUUCACAAUUAAUUGAAGUAGCGAAAGUGAAACCCGCCAAACUUCACAUCAUUGGACACAGUUUGGGUGCCCAUACGGCUGGAUAUGUUGGAUAUCAUCUUCGGAUUCAAUACGGUUACAGAUUAGGAAGAAUAACAGGUUUAGAUCCAGCGGAACCACAUUUCAGUAAUACCUCACCAAUGGUGAGACUUGAUCCAACAGAUGCUGAUUUUGUCACAGCCCUACAUACCGAUUGUAAUCCUUUUAUUAGCGGAGGUCUUGGAAUCACUCAACCUGUUGGUCACAUUGACUUUUAUCCAAAUGGAGGUCGUAAUCAACCGGGUUGCGAUGAAGGUGUGCUAAAUUCUAUUUCCCUCGAGCGAGGAAGCUUCUUCAGAGGAAUCAGAAGGUUUCUCGGUUGUAAUCACAUAAGAAGUUACGAAUACUUCAUGGAGAGUAUAAACACCGCCUGUCCCUACAUAGCAGUGCCUUGCGAAUCCUGGGAUAAAUUUUUAGAAGGAAGUUGCUUCGACUGUGUGAAUCAAUAUUGCCCCAGGUUUGGCUUUGAUGCACAACCAGGAAACUAUCACGCAUCAGUUUAUCUCAUGACUGGUCGAGAGAAGCCUUUCUGCCGCGGUCACUAUCGAGUGAAGAUAAAUAUUUCAAAAACAGUGGAGAGCGUGGAUCAUGGUGGCGAAGUGGGAAAAUUUGUCAUGAAGGUAAUUGGAGCAAAUGGAAAAAAAACCGAGAAAUUACAAAUCAGCGAAACUUCCGAGUACUAUGAGCCCGGAAGUAGUCACACGGUAGUUUUAUCCGGCGAUGUUGUAGGUAAACCGGAAGCUAUCGAAUUGACCUGGGAAUAUCAAACUUCCGUUUUUAAUCCACUUACAUGGAGAAUAUUGCACAAACCAAAAGCUUACAUCGAUUUUUUAACUGUUGACAGUUUGGAAUUCAGUACUGGAAUAACAGUAUGUCCGGAUGAGACAAAAACACUAAUCGCCAACGAGCCAAAAAUUUUAACAGUGGAAAAUUGCCGAAACACCGACCUUAAUAUAGUUUCAACGUGAACGAAAUAAGGAAUAAUUAUUAUGAAAUGAAAUUUAUCAUAAAUGUCAUCAAUAUUGCAUUUCAAAUUUGAGCCUUGAACAUAAAGUUUAAAAAUCGAUUCAUUUUUCUUCCAUUUCUCAUUAUCAUUUUCAAAAGAGAAAGAGAGAGAGUGAGAGAGAGAAUGUUUGUCAAAAGGGCAAGAAAAUAUCAUUUUUCAAAUUUUAAACCUUAACGCAAUGUUUACAUUCAUUCAGUUCUUCAAUUUUUAUAUCUCAUUGAUUCAAGGACUUCAUUGCAAGACUAUUAUUGAAAUCUACGUCAUUAUUAUCAAAUUUAAUUUACCUUUAACAUUAAA